GGGGAAAGACUCUCUCUCCCAUCAGGCUAGUAUGGGUCACAAACCUAGGAUAAACUUGGAAGGGAGAAUUAAUACCCCUGAAGUAAUGCCGUCGGGGAGUGAUGAGGGGUACUUUACUACAGUGAAUCUGUAUCGGGUGAAGGAGGAACCUGAAGAAGGUUUGGCCCUGCGCUGGGAAGACCAGUGGCAGGAGUUCCUGAGGACCGUGGAGUCCCCUCAGUCAGAGCAGGAAAUCCCCGAGUUACUAGAGGAACCUGCACCUUGGGACGACACUAAGGCCUUCUUGGCCUCCUUUGAGACCGUGGCCGAAGCCUGUCGCUGGCCCAAAGAUGAGUGGUCUGCCCGGCUCUUGCCAGCCCUCAGUGGGGAAGCCAAACAGGCCUAUAGUAGACUGCAGGCCAGAGACAGAGAGGAUUAUGGGAAGGUCAAGGCAGCCAUCUUGCAAGGAGAUUCCGUGAGCAGAGAGAAGAUUCGCCAGCACUUCCGGCAGUUCUGCUACCAGGAGGCCGAGGGGCCGCGAGGGGCUCACAGCCGGCUCCAGGAACUUUGCUUUCAGUGGCUGAAGGUCAAGAGACACACGAAGGAGCAGAUCCUGGAACUGUUGAUCCUGGAGCAGUUCCUGACGGUCUUGCCUCUGGAAAUCCAGGCGUGGGUGAGGGACUGUGGCCCAGAGACCUGCUCGCAAGCGGUGGCUCUGGCGGAAGAUUUCUUGCAGAGGCAGCGAGAGGCCCAGAGGCGAGAAAACCAGGUGGCAUUUGAGGAGGGAGUUGUGUGUUUCUCCGAUGCAAGCCAUGCCCUGUCUGAGGUGGAAGAGAAGCAAAUCUGCUCAGAAACCAAGCAGGAAGCUACCAGGGACCCCAGCCUGCUGGGCGAUGGGUGGGAGAGUGAUAUGGAGGAGGGUGAACCACACAGCAUGACUCCAGUGAGAAGGAAGGACGAGGUGCUGAAGGAGAACUUUUGGGAUCAAGUCAGUUUGGAAGAGGAAGAGGGAAACCACACAGAGAAGAGGAAGGAGAAAUCUGUCCUUUGUCAGGAUGGAAACUUCCACGAAAACCCGGCCGAACAUACGCAAACCGAAAAGAGAAGGAGCAAGCAUGUCAGUGCUCACUGGAGAAUCCACACGGGAGAGAAACCAAACAAAAGCUUAAAAUUUGGCAAGAGCUUGGGCUGGGACAGAAACCUCCCUGAGUGUCAGGUGCUCCACUCCGGGCCGAAACCUUACAAGUGCUCCGUGUGCGGAAAAGGUUUCAGCCAGAGCACGCACCUAACUUCACACCAAAGAAUCCACACAGGAGAGCGGCCGUACAGCUGUUCGGAAUGCAGCAAGAGCUUCAACCAGAGCACGAGUCUCAUCCAGCACCAGAGAAUCCACACAGGGGAGAAACCGUACCAGUGCUCCGAGUGCGGGAAGAGCUUCCGCCACAGCACCAGCCUGACGUCGCACCAGCGCAUCCACACGGGGGAGAAGCCGUACAAGUGCUCGGAAUGUGGCAAAGGGUUUUGUAACCAGUCGGGGUUGAUCAACCACAAGACAAUUCACACGGGGGAGCGGCCGUAUAAAUGCCUGGAGUGCGGGAAGAGCUUCAGCCAGAGCACGCAUUUGACCUCCCACCAGCGAAUCCACACGGGGGAGAAACCUUUCAGAUGCUCGGACUGCAGCAAGACCUUUUGCGAUCAAUCAGGGCUGGUCAAGCAUCAAAGGAUUCACACCGGGCAGAAACCAUACAAGUGCUUGGCCUGCGGGAAGAGCUUCAGUCAGAGCACAAACCUUAUUAGACAUCAGAGAAUUCACACAGGGGGAGAAAUGCCUGUAUUAGCCUCCCCCUGUACUUAGACCAGCAGACA